AUGUCCUGUCCAGUGCGAAACUUCUUCAACUCCUCCAUUAACUUUGAUUCUCCAUCUGCGUCCAGCUAUGAUACGUUUUACACUCCUAAGCGAUCGUGUUUUUCACCUGGAACUUCAAGUCCGCUAAGCACAAAGCAAGCUGUCAGCUUCACAGUCAAUUCGGAGAUUAGCAGCGAUUCUGGAGAAGGGGUAAGCUUAAUUUUUUUACAUUAUUCGGGUACCAGCACUGCAAUUUUUGUUUUUGGUCGGGGUGGAGAAAAGGUGGGAGCCAACUGUUGGAAAUACUGUAAUGCCUGAUGCUAUCCACUUCUUAAACCUGUUACUCUGCCACUUUCAGUCCGAUUCACCUCCAGAAUUAGAUUUUACCGGAUAUCUAGACGACAUGGAGAAGAUCGAGCUGAAUUAUCCUAAAGUGGGUUUAGUUUGGAAGUUCAAACUCUUUUUGUCUGUUUUCUGUCUUCAGGACUCCUCUUCCAUCUUGUGGGACGUUCAUUAUGGUCGUCGCGACAGUUGGAGUCGAAAGUUCGGAAGUCAAGACCAAUUUCAAAUCCAGAUGACGGUCAACGAGCGAAGCGGCAGCUCCUUUGUUGUGCACUACAAUGGCGAGUUGGCCGACAAGACAGCGGACUAUUGGAUUCGUUUGUACGGAAAAGGCGGACUUUUGGAGCGAAGAUUUAGCGGUGCUCCGCUGCGCGAGUGGAUCCCUAACUUCAAGUCCAUCGAACGGCAUAUUUACGACCAGUUGGAAGUGCUUUACGUUUAUGUUUACGUAAGAGUGGUUGAUUAUAUGCCUACUGCCAGUCCUUGGCUGCAGAAGUUUGUGGAUGGACCUUUCUUCUUCAAAUUCGACGAUUUCCGUAUCAAGUUGAAGGAUGGAGAUGUUGACGUAGGUCUUUCAAGCUCAUAAUUUAUGUAAAUUGUUAUUAGAUACAAACGUUGAGUCCUUUCAGGUAUGUCGAGCCGUAUUAGCCGAAUUUUGCCCAUACUUUAGAGUUUUUUUGGAGAAAUUUCCUCAAGAAGAUCAGCUUUCCAUUAUAGAAUUUUCAACAGAAACCUUCAAGAAAGCGAUUGACUUCAUGGUUACCCGAAGGAAGUUGGACGAGAAUAAAAUAGACUUUGAGUUGGCCAGACUUGCAAAGUUCCUGGGUUGUGUUGAUCUUAUUGUAAGUAGUUUUCUUUAUCGUCAUUGUGUUUUAGGCCGAAAUCGAUCACCUACUCACUUAUUGGGCAGACCUGUCGUCUCUCUGUCAGCGUGCCAUCCUCGCGGAGAAACUGGGCUACCCUGUGCUGAAGGGAGAGUGCGAAAAGUUGAUUGGUCUUCAUUGGACGGCACUUUUCCAAAAGAACAAGGAUUACAUCAUGAUGCACAACGACUUCUUCAUCCAGAUCAAGACGGGGCCGUUUUUGUGUUGA